AUGACGUUCGUGGUGACAGCAGUGACGCUUCUACGGGCUUCCACGGAGGCGGAUCUCAAGGAGGUCGAAGCGCACGCGGUCAAGACACUCCAGGAGAUCCAGGGUUUGCCUCUUCGUCAGCCUGGCCUCAUGGCCCCCGCAUUCCGCGUCCGCGUGCGCAAGGCCAUGGAGGGCCAGGACCAGAUGGCCCACUUCGAGUGGGCGAUCGACACGAGGAGCAAGACAGGCCAGAACUUGCACGAGCUGGUCCUGCGCACCUUCGAACUACAGGGUGCAGAGAGGACAUCGGGAUCGACGCCGCGGGGUCCGAUGGCGCGGGAGAUCCAGAGCCUCACCAGUGGGAAGAAGUGA